AUGGCCUCUCACCCGCCUGCGGCCUGUUGUUUCCAAGGGACCCAGCACCAGGGACAACCCCUAGGGAGUUUGUCCAGCUUGGGCGACUUCGAGAUCUAUACCAGUUUUCCUGACGAUAGAUCGACCGAUUAUGGCGUCUUGAUUCUGACUGAUAUUAUCGGGCACCGCUUCAACAAUGCUCAACUCCUCGCCGACAAGUUCGCGGCAAAUGGCUAUUUUGUCAUGAUGCCGGAUCUUUUCUAUGGUGAUCCCGUACCGCUGAAUCGGCCAGGGGACUUCGAUAUGCAAAAAUGGAGACGGGGAGAGUACGGCGGACUGAACAAGUCUCACACGCCCUCAACCAUCGAUCCCAUCGUUCACGCCUGUCUCGUGGAGAUGAGAACAAAAUACCAAUGCAAGAAAAUCGCUGCUGCCGGAUACUGCUUUGGGGCCAAGUAUGUCGUUCGACACCUCGUCUCAGGCCCAUCCAAAAUUGACGUGGGAUACGCUGCUCAUCCAUCUUUCAUCGACGAGGACGAGUUGAAGAGCAUCAAGGGCCCACUGGCCAUCUCUGCCGCCGAAAAGGACUCCAUCUUCCCGGCAGAGAAACGCCACGACACCGAGGUCAUCUUGAAGGAUUUGGGUCUCCCUUACCAGAUCAAUUUGUACGGUGGUGUCGGGCAUGGAUUUGCAGUUCGAGGGGACCCCGAUGUCCGGCACGUCGAGUAUGCAAAGGAGAAUUCCUUUUUGCAAGCUGCUCUGUGGUUCAAGGAGCACUUGGAGGUUAGCAUAGGGGUUGAAUAG